UUGGUGUGUGUGUUCAAUACUAAUCCUCUUUCUCUCUCACUGACUCUCCCUUUACUUCUGCAGAGUCCUGGUCCUGCACUUAAAAAGAUUCAGUUUCACGCCACAAUACAAGCUGAAGAAAGUGCAGGACCCGGUUCUCCUCUGUCGGGAGGUCACCUUGCUCCCCCACCUCAGUGAGGAGAUCGCUCAGCUGACGGUGACUCCCCAGACAGAGGAACCUCCACUGGAAGAGGCACAUCUGUCAGCUGAAGGACUAGAGCAAGGGGAUCAUCGGGGUUCAGCCGUCAGGUUGAGUAACGGGGAAAUUGAGCCCCCAAAAACACAGAACCUGACGGUGGACGUCCCAGAUGAUGCCCUGAGGAUGCUCGGCGGGGAUGGGGCAGCUCCUGUGGGGAAGGAGAGUGUUACACUCUGCAGGAGCGCGUCGAAAGUGGAGUCACCGCCCCCUUCAGACAGAGCAGAGACUUUGACAGAGCAGCGUACACCUGCACUGCUAAGGAGAGGAACAGAGACACAGCCUGCUGCUCAGGAUUAUCGGCUCGUCUCCGUUCUGAGCCACCUAGGCUCCAGCGCCACCUAUGGUCACUAUGUCAGCAACGCCUUUCAUGAGGAAGAAAAAGGCUGGCUGUUAUUUAACGACCAUAAGGUGAAGCGGUCAAACGAGGCAUCGGUGCUGAAAAAGAGGGCCAGCAGUGCAUAUGUGCUGUUUUACAGCCAGCAGGAAUCCUGACACUAAAGGCCCUGAUGCCUCCAUAUUGAGGAGCUAAGCUUAAAAAUCAGGUAAACCCCGAGAAUUCAGGUUUUGUCAAACCAAAGGAGGAAUCACAUGGUACCAGUAACUAUCAAAUUACAGGUACUGAAGGACAUGGAGGAGGUCCAGAGGAGGAGGUCCAGAGGCAGAGGUUUACUGGUGCUUAUACCUGCACUAAAUAUCACCAUCAGCUGGAGAUAAUGGACUUCAGUAAUACUAUAAUACUCAGGAAUGGACUUCAGUAAUACUAUAAUACUCAGUAAUGGACUUCAGUAAUACAAAAUACUAUCCUGAUGGGACACAUCUCCACCUGGUUUGUGAACAGCACAAUGCAGGACAGACAUGCUCUCCAGAGAGUGGUGCGAUCAGCCGCGCGCAUCGUUAUUAGAGAGCUUCCUCACCUGUAGUCUGUCUACAUCAAACGGUGCUGAACCAGGAAGAUCAUGGACGACCUCAGCCACCCCAACAAUGGAGUCUUCUCCCUGCUGAGGUCAAGGAAGUGAUUUCGUUCCCUAAAGGCCAACACAGAGAGAAUGAGGAAAAGCCUCUUCCCUCAAGCUAUUCGGUGUCUGAACCAGGACAAUACGCAGGAUGCGAGAGAGUGACAGUGAUGGAGUGACAUCAUCAACCCUUCACUCUCCUCCCCUUGGAGAUGUUGCAAUAAACAUUUCACUGUAGGUUGUACUAUGUACGAUGAUGCAUGUGACAAAUAAAAUUUGAAUUUGAUUUAUCAAAGGAAAUAAAUAAAGGAAUUGAAUGACAAA